AUGCCGCCACUCCCCGCUCUUCCACCUAUUCCUCUCAAAUAUGCCGUCCCGGCACUCGGUACGCUCUUCACCUAUCUAAAUGCAAGAUGGUCAAUGUUCUACGACUGGCAACUCAUCACCUCUCUCGCCAAAAUCAACAUCAAACUCAAACUCGCAGAACGAGCGGACCGCCUGAACCUGUUCUAUGUGUUAGAGAAGCAUGCCUUGGCUCAAAAGUCUGCUAACCAGCCAUUCAUCGUGUACAACGGCCAGACAUGGACCUACAAGGAAGCCUACGACACCGUUCUCCGAUACGGGCAGUAUUUCAAGAACACCUACGGCGUCAAGCCGAAAGAAAUCGUUGGUCUUGAUUUUAUGAAUUCGGCUACUUAUAUCUUCAUCUGGCUUGGCUUAUCGAGUAUUGGCGCUAUUCCGGCGUUUAUCAAUUACAAUCUUAGCGGCAAACCCUUGUCGCAUUGUAUCAAGGUCUCUACUGCUCGAUUGGUGGUGGCCGAUGAGGAAAUCAGAGAGAAAUUCACGGAAGAGCAACUUGCGGAAUUCGCGUCGCCAGAUUUCCGAGACGGAAAGGGCCCCGUUGAUGUCGUUUUUAUCACACCGGAGAUUGAGGAUCAAAUUCUGCAGUCGCCUGCUAUCAGGGAAGAUGACAGUGUCCGUAGUAAUGCUGCUAUGCGGGAUUUGGCAGUGUUGAUUUACACCAGUGGUACGACCGGCUAUCCAAAACCGGCUGUUGUCAGUUUAUCCAAGUGCUGGUCUGGCGCAAUUUUUAUCGACGGGUUCUUGUCUCUGAAAACUGAUGAUCGAGUUUACACGUGUAUGCCGCUUUAUCAUGCCACCGGGGCUGUGCUAGGAUUCUGCGCCGUCCUGUUCAAAGGCGCUACAAUCGUGCUUGGACACAAAUUCUCCGCCAGGAACUUUUGGAAUGAUGUUCGAGACGGUGAUGCUACAAUUAUACAGUAUGUAGGCGAGACCAUGCGAUAUCUUCUCGCCAUGCCAAAGAAUGAUCUCGAGAAGAAACAUCGUAUCCGUUUAGCGUAUGGGAACGGCAUGCGACCCGACGUAUGGCCCCAAGUCAAACAGCGCUUUGGAAUUGAGACCAUUGCAGAGUUCUACUCGUCAACUGAAGGUUUCUCCGGACAUUGGAAUCGAUCAGCUAACGACUUUUCGAUGGGCGCAAUUGGCCGUAAUGGAUACCUUGGAGAGCUCCUUCUCGGACGGACUAUGGCGCUCGUGGAAGUAGAUCACGAACAGGAAAUUCCCCGCCGAGACCCAGUCACUGGGUUCUGCACACGCGUACCGAGAGGGGAGCCAGGAGAACUGCUUUACGCCCUAGAUCCGAACGACAUUGCAUUCAAAUACCAAGGAUAUUUCAAUAACUCCGAAGCAUCUGAAAAGAAAAUCCUGCGUGAUGUCUUUGCAAAGGGUGACGCCUGGUUCCGCACCGGUGACACUCUGAAAUGGGACACAGAAGGUCGAUGGUACUUUACCGACCGUAUCGGCGACACAUUCCGCUGGAAGAGCGAGAAUGUAUCAACGAAUGAGGUUGCCGAAACCCUCGGAGGCCAUCCCGAUAUCGCCGAGGCAAACGUCUACGGUGUAUCCUUACCUCACCACGACGGACGCGCAGGCUGCGCCGCUAUUGUCUUAAAGAAUGGUACCAUUGAUGUGCCAUCGGAUAUUUUGGAAUCGCUGGCUGUGCACGUCCUUGCCAACUUGCCGCGUUAUGCAUUACCUCUGUUUUUGCGAGUGACCACCGAAUUAGAGAGAACGGGUAACAACAAGCAACCAAAACACAUACUGCGCCAAGAAGGUGUUGAUCCUGCUAAGGUGUCGCCUAAAGAUCGUCUGUAUUGGUUGAAGGGGAACAAGUAUGUUCCUUUUACGCCAGAAGAUUGGGCGAGGUUGUCUGCCGCGCAGGUUAUGCUCUAG